UCGGCCUUUUGGACUUCUCUCAUGACCGAGUCCGGCACGACAAUGAAGCCGAGCUCGGCUCGGCACCCGCAGACAGAUGGUAAGACGGAGCGAGCGCACCAGACCACUUAGAUGAUGUUGCGUACGCUUAUCCGUCCCGACCAGAAAGAUUGGGUUGACCGGCUUCCCGACAUCGAGUUCGCCUACAACACUUCGGUGCACCCGGCGAUCWGCGUCACACCAUUCGAGCUACAUCAUGGUGGAGAGAAAGCACGGAUCUUCGCUGAUCUCCUUUUGCCACAGGCUGCCGACAUAGACGUCCCUUGCUCUCCCGCUUCCGUCCGGAAGUACCGGGACUUGCUGAUCAAAGCCCGCACAAAUAUGCAAAAGGCUCAGAUCCGCAUGCAGCAACAWGCUAAYCGACGUCGACUUCCAUGUCCUUUCCGCGAGGGAGACCUUGUUUGGGUCCUCUCCGAGGAAUUUGCGCUCGAGCAGGAUGUUUCGCGCAAACUCCUUCCGAAAUGGUUCGGACCAUGGGAAGUCACUUCUGCCGUUGGAGACGACCCCGCAGGUCCUUCCUUCGUGAUCAACAUUCCACCGCUCCUGACUGUGCAUCGGGUCUUCCACGCAUCGAAGCUGGCCAUCUACACGCCACCUUCAGCUGGCAAGUUCCCUGGACGUCGAUCACAGGAUCCGCCUUCUAUGGACGGACAUCAGGAAGUUGACCGAGUCAUCACGCACCGCAAGUAUGGCAACAAGCCAAGGCAGUACAAAGUCACAUUCAAGCAAUGUGCGCCUGAUGACACUUGGUGGAUCUCCAGUACAGAUUUGCAGACUUCUGCACCCCUCAUCUAUGCCGACGAUGAGAAGCGACGCCUUGCUAAGGACGCAGCUCUCGAGAACGGGGGUGAUGACAAGGACUACAAUCAGAAGCACAAACAAAAGGCUUCACGGGCAAACAAAAUUCCUCUUUCAUCUAUUCUUAAGAUGGCUCCUGCGUACUUUCCGGCCGAGCUUCUGGGUCCAGAGAACGCGAGGACAAAGGCGAGAAAGGCUACUGGAACGGGCGUUUCCAUUUGGACUAAUACCGCAAAAGAUGGUCUCAGUCGUCUGGCCCAUCUGGCAUCCCUGGAGCUGAAAGCUGGUGAAAAAGUAGAGAACGCCAAAACGGCGACCAGAAAGCCAACAGGCUGUCACGCAGGAUUUUGAUGAUGCUUGCAAUAAAUAAAGUAAAUUAAUUAAAGUAGA